AAAUUCCUAAGCCAUGGAGCUCUCAUUCAUUCUCCUCUUGCUCAUUUGCGCCAUCAUCGCCCCUCGUGCUUCUCCACUACAAGCCAAAGACUUAGGCUACUCGUCGACCGACCUCACAUCCGACGAAACAUUGCUUAACCUCUUCCACUCCUGGGCAGCUAACCACGACAAACCCUACUUAACGUCCCCGGAGACCAAGUCCACCAAGUUCGGGGUCUUUAAAGACAACCUCAACCACAUUAUCUCGGCGAACAAGAAGAGAAAGAGCCAUUGGCUCGGCCUCAACGCAUUUGCCGACAUGACCCACGAUGAGUUUAAGCGCAACUACCUCGGACUCAAUUUGCAAAAGUACUCGGAUGACAAGGCCAGUGCGACCUUCAUGUAUGAGAAUGCAACGAAUCUGCCGACAUGGAUCGACUGGCGUAAGAAGGGGGCUGUCACGCCGGUGAAGAAUCAAGGCGGAUGCGGGAGUUGUUGGGCUUUCUCGGCGGUGGCAGCCAUGGAAGGCAUAAAUCAGAUUGUGACAGGAAACUUAUCCUCGCUAUCGGAGCAAGAACUUAUCGAUUGUGAUAUAAUAUUCAACGAAGGGUGCAGUGGAGGAACCAUGGACUACGCUUUCGCCUUCAUCGCCACCAUUGGAGGGCUCCGCACCGAGCAAGACUAUCCUUACACCAUGGAGGACGGGUCAUGUCAACAAACUAUGGGAAGUGAAGUGAAGAGAGUGAGCAUCAGUGGGUAUGAAGACGUGCCAAAGAACAGCGAGGCGAGCUUGUUGAAGGCAUUGGCGCAUCAACCAGUAAGCAUCGCCAUCGAAGGCUCUGAUCGGGACUUGCAGUUCUACAAGGGGGGAGUUUUUGAGGGGCCCUGUGGGACGGAACUCGAUCACGGAGUGACAGCAGUUGGAUACGGGAUGACGUUCAAUGGACAGGAGUAUAUACUGGUGAAGAACUCGUGGGGGGCAGAGUGGGGGGAGGGAGGGUUCAUCAGGAUGAGAAGGAACACCGGGAAGGUGGAAGGGCUUUGUGGCAUGUACAAGAUGGCUUCAUAUCCUACUAAGAAUAAGCCAUGAAUGACGAGGAAGUUAAUCUAUCUCAUUCAUCAACAUAUUCAUGUUCAGUGUUACCAACCCCCAAGUAGAAUCAAUACAAUACCAAUCGAUGUUCGAUACCUCAAAUCACUCUUUCUAU